AUGGUCGCUAUACAGACGCAUUACUGCAACCUGGUUUUUGAUGUGGAGCGCCUGUCCCUUCACGUCGAUGCUGAUCGAAAGCUGGAUCGCGAAGAUAGCAGCAUUACUGGCAUCAUGCCAUCAUCAGCAGCCUUCGUGCUUUUCGAUUUUGUGAUUUACAAUCCCACUCACACAGAGACGGAAAGUAAUGUUGCCUUCCUUGAUCAGGCUGCGGCAUACUUCCGUCAACUUGACUAUGCCUUUGAGGGCGCACUACCAGGAAGCAUUAUCUCAAGCUUUGCAGGCAUUGCGGUUGCGGGAAAGGGGACCCAUGCUCACCAUCUCGAAGCCAGAGAUGCACCAAGGUAUCCAACCAAUAUGGGAUUUUGGCCCAGAUAUUGA